AUGGCUAUGGCUUCACCAGACUCUUCAAACGCUACCGGUGGUAGCUCCUUCGCUGCAACAACUACCUUCAAGCAGAAGAUCUCUGUCAAACUCGACGACACCAACUAUCGUCAAUGGAAGCAACAGGUCGAAGGCGUUCUUCGUGGCACCAAAAUGGUUCGCUUCGUCGUUUCUCCUCAAGUACCGGAACGCUACCUCACUGUUGCUGAUCGCGACGUCGGAACUGAGAAUCCGAACUAUGUCGCGUGGGAGGAGCAAGACGCUCUUCUCUUUGUCGCUGCUGUCAAUACGAAGUCUGAUUUCAUCUCGAUUGAUGAGCUUGAGUCGCUUCUUCUUGAUCAAGAAGCGCGAAUUGAUAGAGCCAAGAAGAACGUCGUGGAAACUGUUUCAGUGAAUCUCACGCAAGGGAAUGAAGAGAAGUCCAGUUUCAGUCCUCAAUCUGCUGAGAUUCCUGAUUCCAAUGGUGGUGUUUCUUCUGGCUAUGGAAGAGGUAGCAAUUUUCGUGGCCGAAACAAUAGAGGUGGAAGGUUCAGAGGUCGCGGUGGUCGCAGUGGCUUUAGAAACUCUGUUCAGUGCCAAAUAUGCUCUAAAGUAGGUCAUGAUGCUAGCUACUGCUAUUUUCGUCACUCUCAGGAUGCUUAUGGCUCAUAUCCUCCUUAUGGCAACUAUGGCAAUUAUGUCUUUGCUCAGCCCAAUGUGUGGACUCAGCCUGGUUUUCGAGCCUCAGCACCUCACACCAUGAACUCUGCUAGACCUGCUGCUGCGUCCAUGCCUGCUCAAUAUCCUACUCCUAGGCCUCAAGCAUUGAUUGCUGGAACUGAUUGUUCCUCCUUCUACAAUCAGGCCUGUCCUACACCUUGUUCUGCAAACUCUCAAGGUUAUUUUACUCCUUUACCUGUGCCUCUCACUGCUGUACCUCCAUCACAAUCUCAGAGUCAUGCUGGCCUCAUUACUCCUGUCAUAUCUCAUAAUAGUUCUGUAUCAGACUCCAACACUGCCUCUUCUGAAGCUCAUGAGUUAGCUUCUCUAGCCUCUGCCUCAACCAUUGCUCCAGUCUCAGACACCACUGCAUCAGUCACAGAAUUGCCUGCAACUGCAGCUGUUAGCCAUGAACAGGCUCUCUCUUCACCUGCUGUUCCUGCCUCCGGUUUCUCUACUCCUGCCGCUUCUGAUUCCUCCACUGCAGUAGCUCCUGGUGACCCUUCAACUUCUGCUGAAUCAGAUUCACCAUAUGAAACAAGUUUAUUACCCGUUUGUGUUUAUGCGUCUACGAGAUUGAGUAGUUCUGAAGAAAUGGGUUAUGGUUGUGAGUUUUUCGAUGAUAAUCGUGGAGUUGAGUCGGUUGAGGGUAAUGGAGAAGAUUAUGAUGAUGAAUUUUUUGAGGCACUUUCGGAUACUCUUUCGAAUGAAAGUGAUGAAAUUGAGACUAGUUGUAAGAAUCUAGAAGGUGAAAAAGAUAGAGAAUUUAGUUUGAGGAAUGUUGUUGAUGAUGAUCAUGGUGAGGAUUUUGACCUAGAAGAAGAGGACAAAUCGAAGUUGGUUUUCAAAUUUCAAUAUCAAAAUUGGGGGUGUGACUUUAGUGAGGAAUUGAAGGGAGGUUUUAGUGAAAGUAGUGAUUUUGAUAAAAGGGGUGAGGUUUCUUCGAGUACAAACAAAUAUGAGUUUGUUUUAGGAAAGAGUUUUAGCCGAGUUUUGGAUGAACCUAAGGCUGUGAAUUUUACUGUCAAAGAGUUUUUUAUUCGUUCAAAUGAUGAGUUUCCGUUGGAAAAAAAUCGUGUUGCCGAUGAUUCAGCUGGUUUCUUAUCCGAGAAGAAAUUGAAUGAAGAAAACUGUGAAGAGGUUGUUGAUGAGAAAAUUCUUGAUAGUUUCUCCGAAAGAUUGCACGUAGAGGAAGUGUCAGAGAAGCUUGAGUCAGCUGGUUUAUCAUCCGAGAGGAAAUUGAAUGAAGAAAAUUGUGAAGAGGUUGUUAAUGGGAAAGUUCUUGGUAAUUUCUCCGAAAGAUUGCACGUAGAGGAAGUGUCAGAGAAGCUCGAUCCAGCUGGUUUAUCAUCCGAGAGGAAAUUGAACGAGGAAAGUUGUGAAGAGGUUGUUAAAGGGAAAAUUCAUGAUAGUUUCUCCGAAAAAUUGCAUGUAGAGAAAGUGUUGGAGAAGCUCACGCCAGCUAGUUUAUCAUCUGAUAGGAAACUGAAUGAAGAAAACUGUGAAGAAGUUGUGAAUGAGAAAAUUAUUGACAGUUUCUCCGAAAAAUUGCACGUAGAGAAAGUGUCAGAGAAGCUCGAGCCAGCUGGUUUCUUAUCUGAGAGGAAAUUGAAUGAAGAAAAUUAUCAAGAGGUUGUUGACGAGAAAAUUGUUGAUAGUUUUUUCGAAAAAUUGCACGUAGAGGAAGUGUCGGAGAAGCUCAAGAAUUUGGAACCAUAUGAGCGGAAUUUUCUAUUAGAUGACGAUUUUGUUUGUUCAAGUUCUGACACAGAUUCUAUGAGUUCUUUGGAAUCUGGUUUUUUGUCCGACACGGAUUUUGGAACAACUACCGAGCAUGAUACAGAUUUUGGAACAACUACCGAGCAUGAUACAUUAGGAAACAAUGAAGAAAGUAUAGAAGAUUUGGAUUUCAAGGAUGACAAAAGCCUCGAAAGUUUGGAUUUCGGUUACGAGCCUGAUGAUUUUGCUGAAGAAGACGAAGAUAUAAUGAACGAGCUCGGAAAGUUGGAAGAAGAAGUCAAACAAGAACAAUCGGCGAAACAAAAUUCGAAGAGCGUAACAGCUUUUGAUCUUGAGGAGUCGAACCGGUUUGACACGCUUUGGGAGCAUCAAGAUCUGAUAGAACAGCUGAAGAUGGAAUUGAAGAAAGUUAAAGCUACUGGUUUACCUACAAUCUUUGAGGAUUCCGAGUCGCCGAGGAUUAUGGAAGAUUUGAAGCCAUGGAAAAUUGAUGAAAAGUUUCAGCAUGGUAGUAGUACUACAAAUGAGCUUCCGAAAUUCUACAGAAGUUAUAGAGAAAGAAUGCGAAAAUUCGAUAUCUUGAAUUACCAGAAAAUGUAUGCUUUAGGUCUUAUGAAGUUAAAGGACCCACUACAAUCAUUUUCAAUUCACAAGAAAUCUUCAACAAUCACAAGCUUAUUUAGACGUAACAAAGAAAUUGAUGCUGACCCAAUGAAGAAGUUCAUAAGAGAAUUAUACAGUGAUUUGGAAAUGGUUUAUGUGGGACAUUUAUGUCUUUCUUGGGAAUUCCUUCAUUGGGAAUAUGAAAAGGCUUUGAAGAUAUGGGAAAAUGAUCAAUAUGGAUUUAGAAGGUUCAAUGAAGUAGCCGGAGAGUUUCAACAAUUUCAAGUUCUUCUUCAAAGAUUUAUAGAGAAUGAACCUUUUCAAUGUCCAAGAGUUGAAAAUUAUGCUAGGAAUCGUUGUUCCAUGAAGAAUCUUCUUCAAGUUCCUGUUAUACGAGAAGACAAAGGGAAGGAUAAAAAAAUGUUUAGAAAAAGAGAAGUUGACAAUGAUGCCAUCACAAGUGACAUGCUAGUAGAAAUUUUAGAAGAAUCAAUAAGAACAAUUUGGCGUUUUAUUAGAGGUGAUAAAGAUGCAUCAAACUUGACAAUUAAAAGUCUUAAAGAACACCAUGUGGAGCUUCAAGACCCUGCUGAUUCACAGCUUCUAGUGGAGAUUCUAACCGAUCUUCAAAAGAAAGAAAAGAGACUAAGAGAGCUUUUAAGGAGUGGAAGUUGCAUAUUGAAGAAGUUCAAAAAGCAUGAUGAAGAUGAAACAGAUCCGGUUCUUUAUUUUUUCUCUCAAGUAGAUAUGAAAUUGGUUUGGAGAGUGUUGAACAUGUCAAGGAUAACCACGGAUCAGCUAGGAUGGUGUCGUAGUAAAUUAAACAAUAUCAAUUUUGUAAACAAAAGGAUACACGUAGAAUCAUCAUUCUUACUUUUUCCUAGCUAA